UUUAAAUCAUGAGAUACUGCUUGAACCAGCUUUCGUUGAUUAUUUUUUAUACAACAAUGCAGAUUUAUUGAUGCAAAAAACAUCAUUAUAUGAGUUUGUAAAUUAUUCAAGUUGGUAACGCACAUUGCUAGAGGUUGAUUUUUCUAGAGCUUUCAUAUUACUUAAAGUCAUGAGUUUAGGAACUUUGAAGCGCUUUAUUUUUAUUGCCAUUGUUUUACUUUUUAUUGCAACGAUAUAUCGUGUUUUCAAUAAAAAACACCAGGAAAAAAUCAAUUACAAAUUGCUAAUUGAUCUGAGCAAUUACCAAGAACCAGUUAUCAAAAAUAACAGCCCACAAAAAUUUGAAUACACACAGAAAAAGAUCAAUUCCUCAUAUAAGAAAACUCAGAAAUAUCCAACUGCCAUUGUAAUUGGGGCCCAAAAAUGUGGGACAACGGCAUUGAUGAAAUUUUUGUCUUUUCACUCAUCAAUUUCGGCUCAAAUGACUGAACAACAAUUUUUCAACCGGGACAAAAAUUUUGAAAAUGGUACAAAUUACGAAAUAUACAGAAAAAGUAUGAUGUACUCGAAGCCGUUUCAAAUUUCGAUUGAGAAAACUCCCAAUUAUCUAGCCCACAAAUUAGCCCCGGAGCGAAUUUUGGAUUAUCAAAAUUACCUAAGAAAGAAACUCAGAUUUAUUCUAAUAGCUCGGGAUCCAAUACGUCGUGCAAUUUCAGGAGUUUACCAUCAAGUUAUAAAUAAAGGACUCAAUUUAACAAAUCUUACUGAAACAUUAUUAAAGCCUGAAAAUGGGUUUGUUGAUUUCUCGUUUUAUGGAUUUCAUUUACAACGCUGGCUUGGUUUUUUUUCAAUUGAUCAGUUUUUAAUUCUGAAUGGUGAUGAGUUUGCUAAAAACAAUCCAGUUACAGCGCUGAAAAAAGUAGAGGAUUUUCUGGAUAUUCCACACGAAUUUAAAGCCGAAAACUUUGGUUUUUUGCCAAAAAAACUGGGUUAUUAUUGUUAUUUACCUACAAGUUAUUGCUUUCCGGAUGACAGAGGACAUUCUGGUUACCCAGAAAAACUAACCGAAGAAGGAAAGAAAGAGCUGAAACGAGUGUUUGAACCAGAUUUGAAACUAUUUCAUAAAUUGACUGGUGUUGCAAUAAAAAUAGCAGAAUUAAUUUUACGCUUUUGAAGCCUACUUUGAAAAUAUAACUGCUGGUGUAAACUGAUAUUUAACUGUGAUUUUUAGCAUUAAA